CACUGUAUCGGCCUAAAAUUCAUAGAUGUCGUCUUCCCAAAUACGAAGGGCGUCUUGGUUACAGUCCUUCUGGUCUCCAGCCAAGAAGUGGCUCGCCUCUUAUGGUUUCAUUUUCAAUGAUUUCCUUGGUACUAAAGGAAAUCAAUGGGAACUCAAAGAAUCAUUACAGGAGCCAGGAGAGUUGAGGACUGAAUCAAUACCAAAUAUUGAAGAAGUAGAGAAGAUUAUAGGAUACAAUUUCAACGAUAAGAGUUUACUAUGUCAAGCAUUUACACAUAUAUCUUAUCAUCCUAACUGUGUAUCAUAUGAACGGCUUGAGUAUUUGGGUGACUCAGUCAUCAACUUAAUGAUCACAAAACAACAAAUUUCAAUGUACCCCGAUCUCCCACCUGGGCUGUUGUCACCUCUACGUGCUGCCAAUGUUGACACAGAGAAGCUUGCACGUGUUGCUGUGAAACAUAAAUUCCAUAAAUAUUUACGUUAUAAACAGCCAAAGAUAAAGAAACGGAUUAAUAUAUUUAUUGAUGCUCUUCCAAACUACCCUUUGCACUCCCAUGGCCUGAUCGCUGCUCCAAAGGUGCUUGCCGAUGUUGUUGAAUCAACAGUUGGGGCUGUGUUCAUUGACAGCAAUGCUUCACUUGAUAAAACCUGGGAGGUAACAAAGACACUGCUGGAGCCAAUAAUUACCCCAGAGAUGCUUGAAGCAAAUCCUGUGAGAAAGCUGUUUGAAAUCUGCCAGAAGCACAAGCUUAAAGUACAGCUCAUAGAUCUCUGGGCACAAAACAGAACUUGUGAAGUACUUGUUGACAAUCAGUAUAGAGGAAGAGGGAAGUGCCUUCAAAAGAAAGAAGUUGCCCUGAAUAGAGCAGCGAGCGAGGUGUACAAUGAAGUUGUUAAUGUUCUAGGUAUCAAGUCAUGAUCUCGAAUCUUCUAUCAUAUUAAUGGAGUGUAACAUGAAACUGAAUAGAACGAUUUGCCUUCUGUAUUAUUCAAAAUCUAACAAAGUUACUGCAUGUCCUGAAGAUUGGACCUUAUGAUCAAGAUGUAUUUGGCAAUAGUAAUUCUUGCUACUCUUUGGGAGUUCA